CGCCCUGAGGAUGCUCCUGUGGCUGGCGGCCUCGGGGCUGCUUUUCCGCGGGGAGCGGCGGGUCUGCGCCGGUCGUGACUCCGAUUACACCUGGGACGGGGACGAAGAGGGUAAGGCGGACACGAUCGAUUACAAGGACCCGUGUAAAGCCGCUGUGUUUUGGGGAGAUAUUGCCUUAGAUGAUGAAGAAUUAAAUAUCUUUCAAAUUGAUAGAACAAUUGACCUCACACAGAACCCCUUUGGAAAACUUGGACAUACCACAGGUGGACUUGGAGACCAUGGUAUGUCAAAGAAACGAGGGGCCCUCUACCAGCUUAUAGACAGGAUAAGAAGAAUUGGCUCUGGUUUGGAGCAAAACAGUACAGUUAAGGGGAAAGUACCUCUAAAAUUCUCAGGGGAAAAUGAGAGAAAUCGAGUUCCCAGGGCAGCUACAUCAAGAACUGAAAGAAUCUGGCCUGGAGGUGUUAUUCCUUAUGUGAUUGGAGGCAACUUCACUGGCAACCAGAGAGCCAUGUUCAAGCAGGCCAUGAGGCAUUGGGAAAAGCACACCUGUGUGACUUUCAUUGAAAGAAGUGAUGAAGAGAGUUACAUUGUUUUCACAUAUAGGCCUUGUGGAUGCUGUUCAUAUGUAGGUCGGCGGGGAAAUGGACCUCAGGCUAUUUCUAUUGGCAAGAACUGUGACAAAUUUGGAAUUGUUGUUCACGAAUUGGGUCAUGUAAUAGGCUUUUGGCAUGAACACACACGACCAGAUCGAGAUAACCAUGUAACCAUCAUAAGAGAAAACAUACAGCCAGGUCAAGAGUACAAUUUUCUGAAGAUGGAGCCUGGAGAAGUGAACUCACUGGGCGAAAGAUAUGACUUUGACAGUAUCAUGCACUAUGCCAGGAACACUUUCUCAAGGCUGUAUACACAGGAAGCUGUGUGGAUACCCAGGGGGAUGUUUCUGGAUACAAUUCUCCCCUCCCGUGAUGACAAUGGCAUACGCCCGGCAAUUGGUCAGCGAACCCGCUUGAGCAAAGGAGAUAUUGCACAGGCAAGAAAGCUGUAUAGAUGCCCAGCAUGUGGAGAAACUCUACAAGAAUCCAAUGGCAAUCUUUCCUCACCAGGAUUUCCAAAUGGCUACCCUUCCUAUACACACUGCAUCUGGAGAGUCUCUGUGACCCCAGGGGAGAAGAUUGCUUUAAAUUUUACCACAAUGGACCUCUACAAGAGUAGUUUGUGCUGGUAUGACUACAUUGAAGUAAGAGAUGGAUACUGGAGAAAAUCGCCUCUCCUUGGUAGAUUUUGUGGGGACAAAUUUCCUGAAGUUCUUACCUCUACAGACAGCAGAAUGUGGAUUGAGUUUCGGAGCAGCAGUAAUUGGGUAGGAAAAGGUUUUGCAGCUGUGUAUGAAGCAAUCUGUGGAGGUGAGAUACACAAAAAUGAAGGGCAAAUUCAGUCUCCGAAUUAUCCUGAUGACUAUAGACCGAUGAAGGAAUGCGUGUGGAAAAUAACAGUGUCUGAAGACUACUAUGUCGGAUUGACCUUUCAGGCCUUUGAGAUUGAGAGACAUGACAACUGUGCCUAUGACUACGUAGAAGUUCGAGAUGGAAGCAGCGGAAAUAGUCCUUUAAUAGGGCGCUUCUGUGGUUAUGAUAAACCUGAAGAUAUAAGGUCAACCGCCAAUACCCUGUGGAUGAAGUUUGUUUCUGAUGGAACUGUAAACAAAGCUGGGUUUGCUGCUACUUUUUUUAAAGAGGAGGAUGAGUGUGCAAAACCUGAUCGAGGUGGUUGUGAACAGCGUUGCCUCAACACUCUUGGAAGCUAUCAAUGUGCGUGCGAACCUGGAUAUGAGUUGGCACUGGACAAAAGGACCUGUGAAGCGGCUUGUGGAGGCCUUCUGACCAAGCUGAAUGGCACCAUCACCACACCAGGCUGGCCCAAGGAGUACCCUCCUAACAAAAACUGUGUGUGGCAAGUAGUCGCACCAACCCAACAUAGAAUUUCUAUGAAGUUUGAGUUUUUUGAACUGGAAGGCAACGAAGUUUGCAAAUAUGAUUAUGUGGAGAUCUGGAGUGGCCUUUCUUCGGAGUCAAAAUUGCAUGGCAAAUUCUGUGGUGCUGAAGUGCCUGAAGUAAUCACGUCGCAGUUCAAUAACAUGAGAAUUGAAUUCAAAUCUGACAAUACUGUAUCCAAAAAAGGCUUCAAAGCACAUUUUUUCUCAGAUAAAGAUGAAUGCUCUAAAGACAAUGGUGGAUGUCAACAGGAAUGUGUCAACACCAUGGGAAGCUAUGUGUGUCAGUGCCGGAAUGGAUUUGUGCUGCAUGAAAAUAAACAUGACUGCAAGGAAGCUGAGUGUGAACAGAAGAUUCACAGUCCAAGUGGCACCAUCACCAGUCCCAACUGGCCAGACAAAUACCCAAGUAGGAAGGAAUGCACAUGGGAGAUCAGCGCCACUCCUGGCCACCGAAUCAAAUUAGCUUUUAGUGAGUUUGAGAUUGAGCAACAUCAAGAAUGUGCUUAUGAUCAUUUGGAAGUAUUUGAUGGAGAAACGGACAAAUCUCCAAUUCUUGGACGCCUAUGUGGAAACAAGUUACCAGAGCCCCUUGUAACUACUGGAAGUAAAAUGUUUAUUCAGUUUGUUUCUGAUGCAUCUGUUCAAAGAAAGGGCUUUCAAGCCACACACUCUACAGAGUGUGGGGGUCGACUGAAAGCUGAAAUGAAGCCCAGAGAUCUCUACUCACAUGCUCAGUUUGGUGAUAACAACUACCCUGGACAGGUAGACUGUGAGUGGCUGUUAGUGUCAGAACGAGACUCUCGACUGGAGUUGUCCUUCCAGACUUUUGAAGUGGAGGAAGAAGCUGACUGUGGCUAUGAUUAUAUUGAGCUCUUUGAUGGUCCUGACUCAGCAGCUGUGGGGCUUGGUCGCUUCUGUGGAUCAGGGCCACCAGAGGAGAUCUAUUCAAUUGGGGAUGCAAUUUUAAUACAUUUCCAUACUGAUGACACAAUCAACAAGAAAGGAUUCCAUAUAAGAUACAAACGCAUACGAUAUCCAGAUAUGAUGCAUACCGAAAACUAACACCCAGACCUCCAUGGGAACAACCAGGAAUGCCUACCAUGGAGAGAAGACAUAUUGUUUUUAAACUGGAGAUAUUAGCACAAUGUUUUAUAUGAAUGGGAACAAAAGAAAAAGUAUAAGAUGAGAAUUAUGUCUGUACUGAAAGAAUUUCUGGAUCAGAAUGAUCAAUAUAUUUGAACUCCUUGCUUGACAGGAUUGCUUAAUUUGACAGAAGGACAUCUCGCCCUCCAGUGGAGAUUCUGAAUGUUGUGCUUCACAGCUUGAUAGAGAUGCCUCGCAGUUCAGAUAGAUUAUUCCCUGGGCAGUGACACCGCAGGGUGUACUUUUUGACUGUUUUCCAAGAUUUGGGGAAAUAAAAUAAUCUGUGGUCACAAACUGGAAAACCCUCUUCUCCUAUCUGCAUUGAUUGCUUUGGCUCUGUACCUGGGUCACAAUGCAGCCCAGAUUUGAUGGGGCAAAGCGGGAGUGGUUGAGGGUGGUUUGUUCUUUAAAUGUGUGAUUUGGAAACUGGAAUAUUUCAGCUUUGUUAUCUUCACUUGGAGCAUAGCUUAAUCUCUUUAAUCUUCUUAAAACACAAAUAAUCUCCAGACCAUUGUAUUUUACUGACAUUCUGACUAUGUUGAAAUGUCAAUUAGUGUCUAGUAUUAUAAUUAAACCCUAGUCAUCACUUAUUUAAAUAUCAGUAAAUGCCCAGAUAAUUAAUAAACUCAGUUAUUUCUGUAAAAUUGCGCCUUCUCACACCAAAUUCAAGGAAUUUUGUGAUUUGUUGUGAACUUUAUGAGAAAACUCCUGAGCGGUGUGUGCAGGAUUCUUCUCAAAGGCUGCCUGGAUGGUUCAUAUUCCAGUCACCACUGCUGCUACUGUUUCUCUUUUGAUCAUUUUCUGCACCUGUUGUGGAUGUAGUUGUGAUUGUUGGUGUGUCAUGGUUAAUGUAAUUUUAUUUUUUUAGCAAACUGGAUCUCGUAAGAUUUGAAGCAGCUUUUAGUAUUUUUUUUCUUCCUGCUAUUCAGUGUUAAAAAAUGCGAAGUUGGUUUAAAAAAAACAAUUUGGUUCUGAAAGACUUUCUAUGGUGCUAUUCCAUACAUAUAUUUUUUUUAAAACAAAGUUUCUGACCUUUGAGCCAACAACCCAUAGACUAUGAAUGUCUCCCUCUGUCUCACUAGUGGCAUUUGAAGAAAAUAGAUUUGUAAAAGUAUGUAGAUUGUAUUCUCGUGAUAGCAGAACUUGUCCUGCAGAACAACUACUUAUGUUGCCUUAGAAUUCUUGCACCUGAUCAAAAACAUCUACCUAUAGAUAGAAGAACAUAAUAUUGAAAAGUUGAAUAUAAUAGUAUACUUAAUAUGUUAACAGCUCUAUGGGGAAAUUCCAUUCCAUGACCCAAAACAUCAGACAGUGCUAUGAUGACUUGAUUUUAUUGUAGAAAGUGUAACUUUAGAUUGAAUUUUCUGCUUUAAAGCCAGGUGUGUUUUAAAUAUUAAUGUAUGUAUAUGUAAGGUUGUCUGAGUGAGUGAAGGUAUAAGACAAAAUGUAAUGAGUGGUUGUAAAGUAAAAAUUCAUGUGCCAAGUUCUAUUAGAAUCCGGUUUGAAAUAGCAUCUUUUUAGAAGGUUUCAUGGACAAAUAAUGGGAACUUCUCAUUAUUAUCUGCUGAAUUAAUUAAAAGUCUCCUUUAGAAAAAUGCUGUUUUGAUAUGUUUUGAUGAUGAUAUAGAUUGCUCUGUGAAGUAGCUGUUUUUCUGUUACCUGUCCAUAGCAUUCAUCAGCAUUUAAUAAAAUUGGGAAUUUGUCUUCAUGUUUACAAAAUAAAUCACACACAGAUAUGUAGCUCAUUUGUUUUUCUGUCACCAUUGCCCUGCAGGUCUUCUCUUGAAUGUGAGCUAUAAAUUGUAAAUACAUUUUUAAAACCGAA